UAUCGUCUAUCCUUCAUCUUCGAUUUUUUCUCCGUUCGAUUCACACGAGCAAGCACAAGGCAUACAUUUUACAAUAUACAAACAAUAAUGGCGUCCGCAAUUUAUAAUACUGACAGUGGCCUUUUUUCUUUCUGGUUCUGGUACUGGCACACUUACAAGCCGUGAAUUUCUAUGCUUGUCAUCAUUGUAUCAGUUUUUUGAAAAAUAAACGCGUAUAAGACCUACCAGUCUACUUCGUGGGAUUGUUAACCUAUAAGAAAAUGACGUUUGACAUAUCAUAAUAGUAGUAGUGUUUUGUUAGAAAAUGGCUUCUAAUACUUAUAGGGUAGAAUGGGUAGAAAUAAUAGAACCAAAAACUGGCGAGCAUAUGUAUGCAAAUUUAGCAACAGGGGAAUGUGUAUGGGACCCUCCUGAAGGUGUUCCCGUUAAAAGGACCGAUUCGAACCAGUGGUGGGAAUUAUUCGAUCAAAACACGGCUCGGUUUUACUACUAUAAUGCCACUUCACAGCGGACGGUUUGGCACAAACCUACAAAUUGUGACAUAAUACCCCUAGCAAAAUUACAAACUUUAAAACACAAUACCGACUGUAGUCCUGGGGGUGCUCACGCAGCCACCACUAAUCAAGCCACUCAAACCGGGGAGUCCACAGGUCGUGGUCAAGUGCUAAGUUUAUCAGCGAGUACACCACAAUUGCGGCGGAAAUCAAGUGAUUUGUGUAGAAGUAGCAGUUUUAGUCAGAGAGGUGCAGAAGCGCCUCUAUACUCCAACUGGCAUGAUUCGCAUUUAUUGCCUUUGGAACACUUUCUUUUAAAUAACAGUCGCGAUUCAGAUAGUGAUCACUCUGAUAGCGGAAGUGAAUCUUUAACUGGUCAUGAGCCUGAUAAUGAGGAUUCGGAUCAGUCAGAAGGUAGCUAUUUACCUCACCGUUUCCCCCUUAGACCUGUUGAGUACCUAAAUUUACCAACCGCCGUUACUGAAACGCGGGAACAGAAGGAUCAUCCACCAGCCCCCAUCAUGCUUAAACCCCUCGCUGAACCUCCUUUUCAACCCGAACGUGAAGCAGAUAUGGAGAAGUUUGCAGCUGAUAAUUUGAAUCUAGGAGGCAGGGGGUUAUUUAGGAGGAAAGCAAGUGUUCGUGAUUUGUUAAGUUGGUCAGCUAGGAGUUUGCAGAGGCCUUUGUUAGCCUCAAGUAAACCAGUUGCAAGGCAAGCUUUAGAUAUGUUUAGGCAAGUACAAAUGUAUAUGGGCGACCGCAAAGCUAGACCUGGAGUUUCUAUGAAUUCAUUACUUAUGGAUAUCCUGGGGACAGCACAUACGCAAUCCCUUUUAAGAGAUGAACUAUUCGUUCAGUUAUGUCGGCAGACAACUGAGAACCCAAGGCGAGACUCUCUUCUGCGUGGAUGGGAAUUACUCACCAUUGCAUUAGCUUUUGUUCCUCCCAGUCCCUUAUUCCAACCAGCUCUCUUAGGGUACCUCAAUCGACAUAGAGAUCCGGGGUUUUCAAGAGUUUUUCCCGACGUUAGUAGAUGGCCAAUACACGUUCAGGUGAAUCAUUACGCAACUGUGGCUUGCCAGCGGUUGGAGCGAAUUGGCGCUGGUGGAAAAAGGUCUGCCCGUAGGCCCCAAAUGGAUGAUAUAGAUUCUGCCCGCAAACAAAUUUUUCAAGCUAGUCUUUUUGGUAAUACUUUACGCGAAGUGAUGCAGCUUCAGGCCAGUCGAUGGCCCACUCGCCGCCUUCCUUGGCCUCAAGUAGAACUAUCUCAGCAAGUCUUACGAUUACAAGGGUUAAGUACGGAAGGCAUAUUCCGAGUAUCUGCAGAUGUCGAUGAAGUAAAUAGAUUAAAAGCCCAAAUGGACAAAUGGGAACUUAGCGAACCAAGUGAUGCUCAUGUCCCUGCCAAUUUGCUAAAAUUGUGGUUACGCGAAUUGUAUGAACCUUUAAUACCCGACUCUCUUUAUCCUGAAUGUGUUGCUGAACCCAUGACCUCACGACGUGCAUGUGAUUUAGUUCUUCGUUUACCAACUUUGCACAGACUUGUUUUAUGCUAUUUGAUUCGAUUUUUGCAAAUUUUUAAUAAACCUGAUGUUAUCCAGCAUACUAAAAUGGAUGCUUCCAAUUUGGCUAUGGUCUUUGCGCCCAACUGCUUACGUUGUAUGGCGAGUGAUCCGCGUACUAUGUUUGAUAAUGCUCGCAAAGAAAUGGCCUUUAUGCGGUGUCUCAUUCAAGAUCUUGACACUGAAUGUGUUCGCGAUAUGAUCUGACCUCAGUUUAUACAUUUUUACAAAUAUACUUCUUAAUGCAUCAUUUUUGUAUUAUAACCAUAGAUAUUUACUAUGAUCUUAUUUCUAUUAUUGUCCCUGUAUUGAAAUUUCAUUGUGAUUUAAAUUAUAUUAUUAAAAUAAAAUUGUUUUUUUUAAGUAAC